AAUGGGUAUACAGGAAAUUAUGUUGGCCAUCCUACUAGUACAACAACCAGCGUCGUCUGCUGCCUAGACGUUGAAUUUGAAAGAUGUACAAGUACAAGUGUACAAGCGUGUGAUUUUUUUUUUUAAAUUAGAUGAGCAUGCUUGUGAAUUUGAAUUACUAAAGUAAUAAUAAUAAGUCUCUCUUUAAAACACAAUAUGUCUGAAGAAUUAGGGGAAGGGAAGCAGCUUCAGCUCUUCAGAGUUAAAUUACGGAAAGCUGUUGAAGAUGCAGUAGGCUUUCAGAACGAAGACCUCUUAGCUGCGAUAUCUGGAAUUCCUAAUAUUAAACAUAAGAAACUACUAAGUCUCACUAGUAUUUUCAAACAGAAAGUGGUCAAAAAUUUUUGUGAGGAGGUUGAAAAAAUUGUAAAGGAAGAAGAACUUGAUAAACUUCUGAAACGACGAGAAGAAAUUAUUAAACAGCAGAAGAACUUUGAAGGUACAAUUGCUUGGCGACCAUCAGGCUCAGUGACUGAAGAUAUUCGAUCUCAUGACAUGGAAAUUUUAAGGAGUAAAUCCACUCAGCUGAGUUGUAUGUGUGAAGCUAAGGAGAAAGAAGUUAAAGCAUUAUUCAGUCAGGUUUCCAAAGCUCGUGGCAAUAUUUCUGACUACGAAGCACAAUUGUCCAAAAAUAUCGAUGAAAUUGACAGACUUGAGAAGUGUGCCCAAGACCAGGAGGAUGCAUUCUUGCGUGUCAAGAAUGCAGUUAUCCCACAUUGAAGUCAUUUCUUUAAAGUGUUUCCAAAGUACAUUUAUAUGGAGCAAUACAAGCCCAAAUUUUAAUUUUUAUAUGUUGCAAAUACCUAAUACAUAAUAAAAUACAAUUGAACUCC